AUGGUGGAUGGACUGGUCUUCCAUGGGGGCUUGAGUUAUUGAUCACCAAAGCAGCCAAAAUCUUACUUUCUCUUCAAACAAAGCAAUGAAAACACACCCCCUUCUUCGGGGAUAAAGAAAACCACAAGGAAUAAUCUUUAUCUCCUCUUUAUUAAAGAAAAAGCUCCUCUUUUCAUGAUUUCAAAACCCCCCAUAUAAUUGUGAACUAACCCUUAAUCCCCUGUUUGCAUAAGUUCUUGCUUCUUCAAUGACUCCACCCAUUUCUGCCUUCCAUUCCACUCCAAGAACAAACCCAUCACACAACUUGUACUAAAUCCAAUUUUCCCCUCUUAAUUAGUCUUAAAAUCCCCAGAUUCAAUAUGUCGACGGAGCAGCCAGUUGUCCAGGAGCAGCCAGUUGUCCAGGUUUACCCAAACUCUGUUAACAGCAAUCAGCCUUCUUCACACUCCUCCAACGGCUCGUUCGGGUCGGUUUUCAUUGUCCUGGCUGUGAUUGUCAUCAUAUCAGCCAUUGCUUGUUUUCUCGGACGGCUUUGUAACAAGCGUUACAAAAAGAGCCAUCCCAAGGACAAGAAGAGCCACGGUUCCAAACACAAGGAUACGAAGUCGAAGAACGCGGUUCACGGCAGAGACGGAGAUAUCGAGUUCGGGUUCGAGAACGGAGGGUUUAAUCCAGCUGCCAAACAGAAUGGUAAAGGAGGUGCUAAGGGGUUUAAACCAGGUGGGAAUGGUGAAAUCAGGGGUGAGCAGAUGUUUGCUGGUGAAUGGGAGGGGAAAGCUGGUCAGUACUAGUAUUAUAACACGAAAUGGGGACAGCUUAGGUGUUGAACUUAUCCGGGCUGUUUAUGCUUGGCGAUGGCUGACUCAGAGGAAAUAAUUCCUCAAAUAUUUUAGCAUAUGAAGGGGUGGCUUUUUCUUUCUAUCAAGAUCGUUGUAAGCUUUAUUUUCGGAUGGUGUUACUCUCUAGUUGGUUUGCUUUGGUAUACAUGAUCAUGUAUGAGUUUGCAAAAUCAUAUGUUGGCUAUUUUAAUUUUACGUUUUCCAA